AAUAAAUCAAUCCGAGGGACCAGGUGCAAUGAGUGUCCUCAGAUUGUGUACGAGAAGUUGCUCGAAUCAUAUAUUUAGCUCCACAUAUUUGCCGCUCCUUCAAGCGCAAAGUGUCGCUCUUGCUAAUUGUAUUCACACAACUGCCAUCCGUUCAACGUUCUGGGAAAAAGAGAAGAAAUCUGGUUACAACACAAAGAUCACGCUGCCUUCCAGAAAAGAACUUAUCGUUGAAGGCCUUCGUGAACUUAAAGAGGAAAUAAAAUUAUGGAAAGAAGAAAUGAAAGAGAAACUUGAGAGUGAUCCUAUACUAGUUUACCGGCCGGGUGAAGUGGACGUGGUGUUUAAUUUUAAAGAAGACAAUGCGCUAGACAGAUGGGUGGUGACAACUGAUGCUGACCAUCGAGAGGGUAAAAGCAUAGCAAAGCUAGAACUAAGUGCAGCUGGCGCAGGACUAUUUCAUGGCAGCGUAAAUUCCGAACACGUAAAAGAUGGUGUCAUUAAGCGUACCGGCUAUGCAAAUAUUCGAACGAAAAGAGUGAGGCGAUCUUUUAAAAGAGAAUCAGCUUUCGACUGGACACAAUAUAAUACGCUUGUGAUGAAAAUACGUGGUGAUGGACGUAACUACCUUAUUAAUCUUCACACUGAAGGAUAUUUCGAUUUGCAAUGGAAUGAUGUGUAUCAUUUUGUACUUUUCACCCGCGGUGGUCCUCAUUGGCAAAUGGUUAAGAUUCCUUUUUCCAAAUUUUUCCUGUCCUCAAAGGGUCGUAUACAAGAUAGACAGGGCCCGAUUCGUUUAGAUCGUGUUACACACUUUGGGUUUUCAGUUGGAGCGAAAAAGCAUAUGGACGGUCCCUUUCGGUUAGAAAUAGAAUAUGUUGGCUUAGAAUUCGAUCCUAAUCACAACGAAGAAUUUGCCUAUGAAAUGUACAAAACCGACAAGUACAUUGCUGCGACGUAAAAAAAUUGUAAUUUACUUAAUUUUAUGUUGUUAUGCAAAUUAGUAUAAAAAUUGGCAAUAAAGUUUAUAACGUUAUAAAAAUUUUAUUUUGUGGUUGUUAUAAAAUUGUUUGAAAUAAAAUCGUGUAAACUGUGCUUAAUGGAAAUUAUUAAGUACUCCUCAAAGCAACCCUGCCCGUUUGUUUACAUUUUCAAUUUUUGCAUUACAUCGAAAUUCUAAUUACUCGCAAAUAUUUUUUUUUUUCAUUCUUAUUUUUAAUUUCUUGCACUUGCAGUUGCUUGGUAAAAGGUGUCGAUUUGACUAGCUAUUUUUGAUUCAGAUAUAGAAUUUAAGCCACGUGGAAGGUUUGCUCUUCGACAAAAAAGACCAAAAUGG